AUGUUUCAGACCUUGAUUGAUCGCUACUUACCCGGCCUCUCACAAUAUGAGGACAUCUACAAAAAGCUUCAUGCUAACCCGGAGCUACCAGACUUGGAAGAAGAGACUGCCAAUUUGAUUGAGGGCCACCUGAGAAAGCUAUCAUCCAACUUGGAGAUCAAGACCAAAAUAGGUGGUCAUGGAGUUAUUGCCAUAUGUAGGAAUGGGAAUGGUAGGACAAUAUUGCUGCGUGCAGACUUCGAUGCAUUGCCUGUUGAAGAGAAAACCGGACUGGAAUAUGCUAGCACAAAGAAAAUGAAGGAUGUCAAUGGCGACCUCAAGCCUGUCAUGCACGCUUGUGGCCAUGACUUCCACGUUACUUCGCUGCUUGCUGCUGCAGAGACAGCACUAAAAGCACGGGAUGCAUGGUCUGGCACCAUUGUCUUUCUGUUCCAGCCUGCAGAGGAGCGCGGUACGGGGGCUGCUGCGAUGGUUGAUGAUGGGCUUUAUGACCCAAAAAAGCAUGCGUGUCCGGUUCCUGACAUGGUUCUUGGACAACAUGUUAUGCCGUAUCGUGCUGGAUCUGUGGAAACGAAAGCAGGCACCAUGAUGUCGGCUGCUGACAGCUUCAAGGUUACCAUUUACGGCCGUGGCGCACAUGGCUCGCAGCCUCAUCAUGCCAUUGAUCCAGUGGUCAUUGCGAGCUAUAUUGUUGUCAGAUUGCAGACCAUCUGUAGCAGAGAGGUACCGCCCGAUGAGACCGCUGUUGUAACAGUGGGAUCAAUCCAAUCCGGUGACACAGAGAACAUCAUAUCAGCUGAAGCAGUACUCAAGAUAGAUAUCCGGUCCGUCACGCAGGAAUGGCGCCAACGUAUACUUGAAUCCGUCAAAAGGAUCGUCAGAGCAGAGUGCGAAGCUGGGAGAUGUCCCAAGGGACCAGUCUUCGAGCGAACAAGGACGUAUCCUUUGACACACAACGACAAAGAAGUUAACAACGCCAUAGAAAAGUCUUUCUCCUCUUGGUUCGGUAAACACCACAAGUCAAAGCCAAAACCACAUCUUGCCAGUGAAGACGUAUCCAUAUUGGCCUCGAGCGUCAACAGACCAUGCUGCUUUUGGUUCUUUGGAGGUAUCGAGGCGAAGGAAUGGGAUGAGAGAGAAAACAAUGGCACCCUCGAUGAGAUAGCGGUGAAUCACAGCCCCUACUUCGCGCCAGUAUUACAACCAACGCUCAAGACUGGGGUCGAGGCUUUGACAGUCGCUAUCAUGACAUUUCUAAGAACGCCGAGUAAUGAGAUGUUGUACACUCCAGCCGAUGUUUGA